AUGACAACAACUGUGAUGAAGCAAGGCACUUCGGUGAGAAGCACUGGGACGUCGAGCAGUAGAGGACAUGUUAACAAGCAAAUGAAACAAGGCAAUUCAAGAAAUAAUUGGGUUGUGGACUUGUUGCGGUCCCAGGUUGCAGAAGAUUUUCAUGUUGCUCUGACGACUCGCAUACUGUUUGUUUACAACAUGAUCGUAAGCGUGCAGCAGCUGGUUGUGAUUCUGGGACCGGCUUCUAGCAUGGGAGUGGUUAGUGCAAGAACUGGUGGAUUUUCUUUUUCCUCCGUACCCUACGGCAUCACGGCGGCACUAUUGUGGAGAGUUAGUCAACACCGAGUCAGGCUUGCAGCGUCCGACGAAGACGAAGAGUGACUGUUAGAAGUUUCGAAGUGCAAAAAGAAUAGCUUUUGCAGUGUCGUAGUGAGCACUAGUAGUGCACCCCUAGAAGUAUUGCAAGAACGACAAAUUACUAUGGAGGAGUUUCUUCAGUAACCGCAAUUCAAAAUUUGACACCGAAAUGCUUGAAGUUGAUGAACGAAAACUACAACUACAACAAGAACUUUUUUCACCCGUCCUCGAAGAUUUACAGGACAUGCAAAUACAAGUCGACGACCUCUCUAU